AUACUAUCGAGACAUCAAUUCAGAGUCACCAAUAUGACACAUGACAAGAAAUCCAUUUGUUGUCAAUGAAGAAUUUCUAAAAAUUAAGGCUGAUUCGUCCAUGAAGGAUGACUUCCAUCUUUUAGCAUUAGAGAAAUUUUGGAUCAAAAGAUUGCCUGUUAAUUCGACACUUGCCUCUCUUGCUUUACGAAUAUUAAAACUAAACGGCGAAAUCGUCUUGAUGUCGAUAGCAACCUGAUGAUAGCUCUGGCAAAAACAGAACCUAGAAUCAACCAACUGGUACAGAACAUGCAAUCUCAAAUAUCUGA